AUGAGUGAAGGGGCGGCCGCUGCCUCGCCACCUGGUGCCGCUUCGGCAGCCGCCGCCUCGGCCGAGGAGGGCACCGCGGCGGCUGCAGCGGCGGCGGCGGCGGCGGCGGGCGGGGGCCCGGACGGCGGCGGCGGCGGCGGCGGCGGGGAAGGGGCGGCCGAGCCCCCCCGGGAGUUACGCUGUAGCGACUGCAUCGUGUGGAACCGGCAGCAGACGUGGCUGUGCGUGGUACCUCUGUUCAUCGGGUUCAUCGGCCUGGGGCUCAGCCUCAUGCUCCUCAAAUGGAUCGUGGUGGGCUCCGUCAAGGAGUACGUGCCCACAGACCUGGUGGACUCCAAGGGGAUGGGCCAGGACCCUUUCUUCCUCUCCAAGCCCAGCUCCUUCCCAAAGGCCAUGGAGACCACGACCACCACCACUACCACCACCACCAUCACCACCUCUUCCACCGCCUCCCCAGACAGCCCUUCCGCCAGCGGCGCCGCUUCCUCCAGGACGCCCAACAGGAUGAGCACCCGCCUGACGACCAUCACCAGGGCGCCUACUCGCUUUCCCGGGCACCGGGUACCCAUCCGAGCCAGCCCGCGUUCCACCACGGCGCGGAACACCGCGGCCCCCCCGACGGCCCUGUCCACCACAGCCCUGUUCUUCACAAGCAGCACGCCGGGCUCCAGACCCCCGGUGCCAGGAGUCCCUAGUACCCAGGCGAUGCCCUCCUGGCCCACUGCGGCGUAUGCUACCUCCUCGUACCUCCACGACUCCACUCCCUCUUGGACCCUGUCACCCUUUCAGGAUGCUGCCGCCGCCUCCUCCACCUCAUCUUCCUCCUCCUCCUCCUCCACCACCACCACCCCAGAACCUAUCACCAGCCCCAAAUUUCACACAACAACAUACUCCACUGAGAGAUCUGAACACUUCAAACCCUGCAGAGACAAGGAUCUUGCCUACUGCCUCAACGAUGGCGAGUGCUUUGUGAUCGAGACCCUGACAGGAUCCCAUAAGCACUGCAGGUGCAAAGAAGGCUACCAAGGUGUCCGUUGUGAUCAGUUCCUGCCCAAAACAGACUCCAUCUUAUCGGAUCCAACAGACCACUUGGGGAUUGAAUUCAUGGAGAGUGAAGAAGUUUAUCAAAGGCAGGUGCUGUCAAUUUCAUGUAUCAUCUUUGGAAUUGUCAUCGUGGGCAUGUUCUGUGCAGCUUUCUACUUCAAAAGCAAGAAACAAGCAAAACAAAUCCAAGAGCAGCUGAAAGAAUCCCAGAAUGGGAAGAACUAUAGUCUCAAAGCGUCCAGCACACUGGCAAAGUCAGAGAGCUUGGGGAAGAGCCAUGUCCAACUACAGAAUUACACAAAAGCAGAAAGGCAUCCCGUGACUGCACUGGAGAAAAUGAUGGAGUCAAGUUUUUCCAGUCCUCAGUCGUUCCCUGAAGUCCCUUCUCCGGACAGAGGAAGUCAACCUGUCAAACACCACAGGUACAGGACACUCUCUUCUUGCUGCAGUCCAGGGCAAAGGAAUGGGAUGCUCCAGAGGAACACAUUCAGGAGGACGCCCCCCUCUCCCCGAAGUCGGCUGGGGGGAAUGGUGGGCCCAGCAUAUCAGCAGCUUGAAGAAUCCAGGACCCCAGACCAGGACACAAUACCUUGCCAAGGGAUAGAGGUCAGGAAGACUAUAUCCCACCUGCCUAUACAGCUGUGGUGUGUUGAAAGACCCCUGGACUUAAAGUAUUCGUCCAAUGGCUUAAGAACCCAACAAAAUGCAUCAUUAAAUAUGCAACUGCCUUCAAGAGACACAAACCCCUAUUUUAAUAGCUUGGAUCAAAAGGACCUAGUGGGAUAUUCAUCCCCAAGGGCCAGUUCAGUGCCCAUCAUCCCUUCAGUGGGUCUAGAAGAAACCUGCAUGCACAUGCCAGGGAUUUCUGAAGUCAAAAGCAUCAAAUGGUGCAAAAACUCCUACUCCGCUGACAUAGUCAAUGUGAGCAUUCCAGUCAGCGAUUGUCUUUUAGCAGAACAGCAAGAAGUGAAAAUAUUGCUGGAGACUGUGCAGGAGCAGAUCCGAAUUCUGACUGAUGCCAGGCGCUCAGAAGACUAUGAACUGGCCAGUGUGGAAACUGAGGACAGCGCGAGUGAAAACACAGCCUUUCUCCCCCUGAGCCCCACGGCCAAGUCAGAAAGGGAGGCACAAUUUGUCUUAAGAAAUGAAAUACAAAGAGACUCUGCGUUGACCAAGUGACUCGAGACAUAGGAAUCUGUGCAUCCUAUGCUUUGAUCAACAGGAAAGAGAGGAAAUUAAAUACAAAUUAUUUAUAUGCGUUAAUUUAAGAGCAUCUACUUAGAAGAAACCAAAUAGUCUAUCGCCCUCAUAUCAUAGUGUUUUUUAACAAAAUAUUUUUUUAAAGGGAAAGAAAUGUUUCAGGAGGGAUAAAGCUUACCACUAAAGCUUUUGGGUAGAAUUCUGAUUCCAAUUUCCAACACUGUCCUCUUUGACUCCUGGAGAAUGUGGGCUCUUCAGACCCUCACCCCCACGGUGCCAGUGCUUAAGUAGGAAGGCACAGGUGGUCACCUGGUUUCAAAGAGUAAGGGUGGAUAUUCCAGUGAGCAGGUGGCCCUGGCUACUCUACUCUCUUGUCCCAACCCCUAAAUUUCUACUCAUGAACACCCUCAUCACAGGUUAUGUCACGUCAAGGAAUGUAGUGUUUUGUAUUUGAUUUCUAAAGAAUGGCACAAAAACUGGGCUAGGAAGGAAGACAGAUAAAUCGGGGCAGUCUAACCUACCUUGCUGUGCCAUCUUCCUCUGACAUUUUAAAGCACAGAAUCUCAGAGGGAGGUACGGAAUUAUUGUAGAAAAAAGAGAGACAAAAAUCACGACAUCAUGUCAUGAAAAUGAUGCUAAUAGAGAUGUUUUCCUUGCAGAUCUUUCAGAAGCUCUGACAGAGCAUUCCUUUGGUGCGCGUGUGUGCCUGUGUGCGCAGGUGUGAGCGAGCGAGCAAGCGUGUGGGCUUGCUCACCUGAGCACAUAUGCCGUAUGCACAUGUGUUCACUGUGUGUUUGCGUGUGCAUGUGUGUGUAUUAAGCUUGCUAAAAUUUGUUCUGAAACAUCAGGGAAUCGAAUAUUCAGAAAAAAAUUUCCCUCUUAGAUCUUUUCACUUAAAUUUUUUUCAUUAAAUAUAAAAUUUGGUUAGAGUUCUUAAAUCAAGGCAAUCUGCAUGGCCGAUCCUAUGAAACAUUUGACAAUGUCUAGACCAUUUUCUGAUGUGAAUACUUUUGAAAGGAAUAACUUUUGACUUACGAAUAUCAGUAUCAUGAAGUGAAUUGAUGGAGGAUUGUUGAUUUUUUUUAAUCAUAUCUCCUUAAAUUAUUUACCUAAGCCAAUUAUCAAAUUGACAAUUAACCAUUUUCUUUCUCAUCAUGCUCAUUGCUAUUUGAUCUCAGGUCUACUACGUGUAGACCAAAACAUUGCCUUCUGUGGCUCUAUGGAAGGAAUAAAUGGUGGAAAUCACAAACCCUAGAGUACUCAGUUCACAAGAAGCCGCCCCUCUCACCCCCAAAGAGUAAACGGUGUUGUAUGUUCAUUUGGAAUAAAGCAAUAUUUUUACCACUGGUAAGGUGAACUGGAAACCUCUCCUGAAGAUUUGUCUUUUAUUUUCCCUACUUUCAUGGGGCAUUCAAAGAAAUUAGUGUUCACAUACCCAGUCUUUUUUCCAAUUAUUGGUGGUGUUGUUAUGUUUACACUGUUUUAAAUAAAAAGGCACAGUAUUUGAAAGUACAGAAAGAGAUUGCUUUUACUGUAAUUUGGGGAAAGCUUGCUUAAAGUUUCUUUGUGGAAGACAACAUCUCAUGGGAAGAGAUUAUGACAAUUUUCUGAAUCAAGCAGUGAAAAUAUAUAAUUCUUGUUUUAGAUGAAGUUGUUUUUAUUUGAAACACACUAAAUUGUUCUUGGUGGAGCUUCAUUAAUAACAGACAUAAUGUCAUCUGCUUAAAAAAAAAAAACGAACAUUAAAAUAAUCAAAACUGCUUAGUAGAAAAAAAUCAAGGUCUCAAAUGUUGAAAACACAUCAGUAGAAACAUACUUUAUAUUUAACAAAUGGUUAUAACAUAUACACCAGUUAUCCCAUGAGAACAGCGAGGUAACAGUGUAAAGAGCUUCUAGAUGUGACUUUUUAAUAUCUAGUCUAGAUUGCCUUAGUUCUCGUUUGAAAAUAUUUUACCUUUGGGAAAGUUAGGAUGGUUUAGGUAUCUGAAAAUCCCAACACGGCAUUAUGGUGAAAUUUAUUAUGAUCAAAUAGCAGGAGGGCCACAUACAUCUAAGUCAACUUUAUUCUUUUUUUUGUUUGUUUGUUUCCAUGGCUUUACACUAAAAUAUUAAGAUAACUGAAAAAUGAAGUCUGACUAGAACACCUUACUUUACGACACGAGGGACAUCUACAAUGGGACUACGGCUCAAGCCCCUUCCCUGUGCCUUCUAGAGACUGACUAGCAGUUUCAGCCCCUUCGGUGGUGUUGAAGUUCAUGGUGUGGUUCUUUGAACACUCACUACAAAAUCCAUCAUGGUCCUUAUCUCUUUUUGGCACAUGAAACUUCUUUCAAUGUGUCCAAGCUUAAAGGGUACUUUUUUUUUUUUUUUUUUUUUUUUGGCAUAAACUGCCAAAGUGGUGAUCACAACUAGAGUUUAAAGGUUACCCUGACAUGGCACAUACCUAUAGCCUUCAGUACCCGGUCCUUCGUGAUCAUGUCCCCACAUAGCAGCACUAUUUCUAGAAGACAUCUCUGAACUUGCUUCGCUUUCCUUGCUGCUGGUGUGUGAAUAGGUGUUUGAAGAAUUGCAGCUAAACAGAAUAUAUAUUCAUUAUUGAGUGAAUGUCACCCACAUUUUUUUUCUUUGAUUCAUUUUCUGAUUUGCCUUUUUAAGUGAAACAUUUAUUAUUCUAAAUUGCUGGUGACUAUUUUGGAAUGCUGUUGUUCAAAAGGAUGUCCAAUCUUAUGAUAACACGAAAUAGUUGAAAUUAUGUUAGGCCACGAGUUUUGAAAUUCUCUUCAUGAUUUGUUAUGUAUAUUAUGGCAUACUUCAGUUAUUCACAUUACUUUUAAGUUACAGUAAGAGUUUCUGGAGGUAGAAAAGUGCUAUUUAUAGAACUUCCCAAGUUAAUCUAGUUAGAAGAAAACCUUGCAGACUCUCACCACAAAGAACAAAAGGGCCAAUCCAACUUCAAAAUACCCAUUAGUUUCUGCAGUGGGGCCCAUGGCCAAGGAUGCCAGUUACCCAGUCAUUAGAAUGUGGUCAUCAUUUGAAGCCAUUGCCCGACACCUACGCUACCAUAUGGUGCUAUAGGAAACCAUGACUCCCUAAUGGGUGCUUGUGGGGGACGGUGGUCUGACUCCAUCCCUGUAAAAGUGCUAAGAAAUAUUUCACAAGAGUAUAUUGUAUACCUAGGACAAACGAUGGUGGGGUGGGAUUUUUAUUUGAUCUUUUGGUAUCUGGGAAACAUUUUAUAUAUAAAUAAUACUUUUUAUUAUUAUUCAAUUGUAUAGAUUCAGUAGUGUUUUCGAUGGAUCGCAUGUCUACACUGUGUUUGUAUCUUGUCUUCAGAAGCUCAGUCCUCAUCCAUGCAAGACCAGCACACGAUUUCUGAGUUGACUUGAGUUUUAACCAUCCCAAUGUGGCCUGGGAAGUGAAGCCUCUGAAUAAGCUUUAUCUCUUCCAGUUUUUAUUCUUUCUUUCCCUUUUAAAGAAAUACAGAGGGUAAAGGGAGAAAUUCAUUCCUUAAGAUCUAUAACAUUCUCUUUUAGUAAUGUAUUUCCACACCCACACCCACUGUUAUACAUGUAUAUGCUUAUUAAAUUAAAAGGUUAUUUUAGUAGCCUUAUGUUUGCUUAAUUAAAUCAAUGUUAAGUGAUUACCUCAUGAAAUACCAAUAAAAUCAAAGCAUUUAGUGGCCAAUGAACUUGGCAACAUUUCAA